AUGUCUGCUAAGCAGGGACAAAAGAACGAAUGUGGCCAUAGAUUGGCCGAACUCCUGCAGAAGCUUGACUGGAAUCUCGAACAUAUUGAAAAGCUGGCAGAUGGCAAGAUUCGGAUCUGCGCGCAGCAGGGGCAGGAACCCCGAUGUCUCUGCAAGCUCGAGGCCACCUACCUCAAAGAGAACCGCGAAAGCUCGCUGCGGGCAUACUUGCCUGUGAUGUUUGGUGCUUGCCUCACCGGCAUUCUGUCUGCGAUCCUCCUCUGGAAUAUCCCCCAGGAUGCCAUGAAGAAGGCGUCGAAGGUACCGAAUGAUCCACAGGUGGUAUCGGAGCCUACCAGCACCUCAAAGCCGCCGCUCUCCAUUCGUCAAAUUCGCGAAAGGUGGCUGUGGGGAACUUUGACGAGUUGCUUGGUGGCCUUGUCUUGCGGUGCUCCCUUCUUGGGUGUCCUGACGACACUGGCCAUGUUUUGGAUGUACUCUUGUCGCCAGACCCAUCGACUCUUCCACGAGGUCCAGGAGCAGCAACCUUCCUCGGUCAGGGAUGUAGAAACCGUCCAAACCAAACCGACUCUCAUCGGCAAGGGCGGUGGCGCCAAUCCGCCCGUUGUUGUGCAGAUUCUGAUUGAGAGCAUCCUUUGGGUGAAUCUGUUCAUGGCGUGCUACAACACCAUGUACACCUAUACAAGGCGCUACUUGAGGCUCUACGAAGGUGAGAGAAACGGCAACAUCAAGCAAGUGACGCAGGCUAUCCUUGCCGAGGCGGAGGUUGGAGUGAUCGCAGUUGCCUGCACCUUCGGUGCAACCAUCCUGUGGCGAAUCUUGGUGGUCAAUGCUAUGGAGAUCUCGCAGGAUGUGCACAAGCACAGGAAGAAGGCUGAAAAGAAGCUGCCGCCGAAAGCUAAAGAUGUCUUGGAGCGGCUGCAGGGCGAAUUCGGCGAAUAUUUUCCGAAAGUGCAGCCUUGUGCCACCUUCAAGAGCAUAUUACAACAAGGUGACGACGAGACUCUUCAGCAGUACGUCUUUGGCUCAGUCGGGUCCGGGAGUUUGGACAAAGUGCUCAUUUGGACUUCCACCUUGGUGUUAGGGAUAUUCCUGGUGGUCUUGCAGUGUCGGUUGGAUUGGACUGCGGCUCAUGAGGAGCGUGUGCCAAGCUACCUGUCUUGGAGGAGACGGGGUAUGAACAGAUAUGUCUAUGCAGGCAUAUGGGGCCUGCUCUCCGCUUUUGUGGCUGCCCGCCACUGGUUCAGACUCACCUCUGCUAUUGUUGGCAUCACCAGGCGGUUCAAGCGGCUGCCAGAACGCAUGUUGCUUUUCUCGUUCCUGGCCACCACCUCAGCACAGAUUGAGAUGCGGGGGGACGAAUCAUGGGAGGCUUUGGAGAACAUAAGAAAGUACAUGGAGGAGAGGCGGGAGAAGAGUUUGAAGAACGACCAGGAGAAAACACAUCUGCAGGAUUUCCCAAAGAGUUCGCAGGACGACCGGGAGAAGACAGAUCUACAGGAUCUCCCGAAGAGUGCGCAGAACGACCAGGAGAAGACAGAUCUGCAGGAUCUCCCGAAGAGUGCGCAGGACGACCAGGAGAAAACACAUCUGCAGGAUCUCCCGAAGAGUGCGCAGGACGACCAGGAGAAGACAAAUCCGCAGGAUCUCCCGAAGAGUGCGCAGGACGACCAGGAGAAGACAAAUCCGCAGGAUCUCCCGAAGAGUGCGCAGGACGACCAGGAGAAGACUGAUCUGCAGGAUCUCCUGUACGAGACCCUAGGCUUGGAGAAGGAAAAAAGACUGAACCUCGGGAAGAGAUCAGACAUCCAGGCCUGGGUGCAGCUGAGAGAGUUCAUCAAUCUUGACUUCUUGGAUGCUUCUGCCAUCGUAGAGUGUGCGGGAGUCAUCAUCGUGCUGCAGCUUGUGAACUUCGCAUUCGCAGGCAUCAUCGUCUGGUUCCAGAAGGGAACAACCCUCGUAGCUCCCGGGCUCUGGCUUGUCUUGCUGCUGUCGCUCUUUCUGAUGAAGCUGCUGUUUCGAGUGCUGCUUGUGUGUGUGUUCGCGCCAACUUCAUGCUGGACCGUGAUGCUCGCCGCCUCAUGGAGAUUGAGGUGA